AUGCGCGUCCUAUUACCAUUGAAGAAGAAGCUUGACGACCCCAACUCUCAGGAACACGGACUAGUCGAAGGAGACGAGUCAUUCGACAGCGAAACGGGAGAAUACUUGGUGGCGGAAGACGAACAAUCGCAAGAGGAACUAGAAGAAUCAGAGACUGCUGAAACCGCUGAAAGCAGCGAGGAAGAAGACGAAGACGGAGAAUUUCUAGAGACUGUUGUAUCACCCGCAGCUCCUGACGCUCGCCCUGUCGCAUCGUCUGGUAACGCCCCACAACAGCCAGAAACCUCAGCAAAGCCAUCAGCGGGUGACCAAAUCGCCCAAGUCGGCUCUCCCGUUACCGCUUCUUUGAAGGUCUCCACGGUUGCUGCUGCUGCCGCACAAGAACAACAACAAUCCGAAUUGGAACAGAGCUUGUCGACCAGGGGCGAGAAUUGCAGUGACAACAACAGUGAAGAAACAAACGUUCCGUCUGGUCCUACCCUCGAAACACGCUUUGACAAGAAGAGCAAGUCACAAGAAGCAUCCAAAAAGGACGACAAACCAGCAUCCGUCGAGACGCAGGGCAAAACCACCCAGAGAACUGUAGCAGCCCUGCCUUGCACGCACGUUGCUGACGCUCCUAUCCAAUCUACAACAAACCCAUCCGCUGCUUCGGAUACUGUUGCCGUUGCGAGUCCUCCUCGAAUUCGAAAGCGACGAGCUCCGACGCCGCCAGCUUUGCUUGAUUCCAAGCCACCGUUCAAAAAAGGACGAGACUCCAAACUUCCGGCAAAAUCGCUGCCCACAAGCGAGGACAGCGCAACUACAACAAACAAUAAGAAAAUGGCUGGAGGAAGUCGUGGUGGACGGAAGCUUUGGACGACGUCGGGAGCCUCUUCCUAUUACGUCGAGACCCCCAACAAUGGUGGUCGAGAGGAUGUUUCUGGCAGCAGCGACGAUGGGGCUGAAGUAGAUGUACGAUUUGCCUACAACGACCCCGCGUCAAUGACCAAUUCUUCCAUGGCCAACAGCAGCAAUAGUAGUGGAAGCAAUAAUCGCAAGAACAACAACUACAACCGAAGCAACAGUUUUCAGCGCGACUGUGGGCGAGACGAUGUAGAUGUCCGAGAACGUGAUUCGAUUGUGGAUCGUCCUGAGGGUGAUGAUGAUCUUUUCGCGCUGGCGCUCAAGAAACAAGGACUGGAAAUUGUGGAACAGGAAGGCGAUGGGAAUUGCCUGUUCAGAGCCAUUAGUCUGCAGGUUUACGGAGAUGCAUCGAUGCACGGAGAGGUCCGACAUCGAUGCCUCGAAUUCAUGCAAUACAUUCAACGCAAACGGCAAGAUGGAGUACAUGGGAACAACCCCGAAAUUCAAGCCAUUAGCGAAUUGUUCAACCGACCUAUUGAAGUCCUCGUUCCUGAAAAUGGGGCAAAGCCGCUCAACAUUUUUCAUGCCGAAUACAAGACACAAGAUGCGCCAAUCCGACUAUCGUAUCACGACGGAAAUCAUUACAACGCCGUCAUUGAUCCGCUGGUGCCUACAGCUGGAUUGGGAUUGGGUCUGCCCGGUUUGCAACCCGGUCUCGCCGACAAGAUGCAAAUGGCGAAGGCCGUUGCAGAAUCUGACAAAAUGGCCGACCAGACUGAAUUUGAGCGGGCCCUGGAAGAGUCCCACAAUGAUCAAUUGCAGCGAGCCAUCAAGGAAUCGACGCUAACAGAAGACAAUAUGUAUCAGCACAAGGCCCUUUCCUUGUCAGACUGUGACGCCACAAACUUUGAACUGGAGCAGGCUGUCCUUGAAAGCUCCCUGGAAUCGUUUCGAGCGUUCGAACACGGCAGAAAGCAGGCUUCCUCGUCGCCUCCCGCGCAUGCGGUUGGAAGGCGAAAGCGGCAAGCAAGUCUUCCACAGCAGAAACGCGCAUCUCAUAGUGCAACGACUACGAGUUCUGUUGCGUCAAUGCCCAACGAAGCCCGACAAGACACUGGUGGCAGUUCAGUUCCUCGGGCUGCUUCAGCGGCAGUAGCCUCUACGUCAGUUGCUGCAGCGCCUGCAGUUGCAAGUCGACCUUCUAGCAAUGACAUCAAUGGCGAGACUGUGGCCGGCCCCAUGGCGGCAGAGCAUUAUCCUCAAUCGGUGCAGGAACUUGUGAUGAAUGGAUUCGAGCUACGGAAAGUCGUACGCGCUUACGAGCUGGUCGGCGACAACUUUGAUGAUCUCUUGGGCUUCCUCAUGUCCAACACAGCAUAA